AUGGAACAAAGACGACGCCAGUCAUGGAGAGAGCGGACAAAGUGGAUUGCCUAUAUGAUGGUUUUUGUUACGUUUUGGAGCGAAGCUUCAGGACAAUUCAGAUAUUCCAUCUCCGAGGAAGUAAAAGAAGGAACUGCUGUUGGAAAUAUUGCGAAGGAUUUAGGUCUUGAUAAGACCACAUUGAAACAGAGGGGCUACCGUAUUGUCUAUGGAUCGACAGAGCCUCCUUUUCAAGUAAAUCAGGAGAAUGGCAUCUUGUAUGUGAACCGAAAAAUUGACAGAGAGGAAGUGUGCGACCGAAACAAGGUUUGUCUAAUAGAUUUAAAAACCGUGUUAGAAAACCCACUAGAGAUACACUAUGUAGCAGUGGAGAUUUUGGAUGUAAAUGAUCAUGCACCAAGCUUCCCCGAAAAGGAAAAACUGUUAGAGAUUUACGAAUCUGCGCUGCCAGGAGCAAGAUUUCAAUUACAAGCUGCACGUGAUGCUGAUAGUGGUCCAUUAUCCGUUCAGCAGUAUACGUUGAGUCAUAAUGAACAUUUUCGUUUGGAGGUCAAAGAUCGCGGUGAGGACCGUAAAACUCCCAGUUUAAUUCUACAAAAGGCACUUGAUAGAGAAUCCAUUAAGACCCAUGUGCUACUUCUGACAGCUACUGAUGGAGGUAAGCCUCCUAAGUCUGGUAACAUGACAAUAAUUGUAGAUGUUUCAGACGUUAAUGAUAACGCCCCAGUUUUCACUCAUGAUUCCUAUACUGUACAGUUAAAAGAGAACUCUCCUCUUGGUACGACUGUUAUCCAAGUUAUUGCAACAGAUUUGGAUGAAGGCUCAAAUGGCGAAGUUGUGUAUACAUUUGGCAAUGACGUGGAUGCUCGGGCACGCGCACGUUUUGAUUUAAAUGCAGAAACUGGAGAAAUUACUGUGGCAGGAUUAAUAGACUUUGAAGAGGGUGGUACAUAUGAAAUUGAUAUCCAGGCUUCCGACAAAGGGGCAGCUACACUGACAACAGACAAAACCGUUAUUAUAAAUAUUGUUGAUCUAAACGAUAAUGCUCCUGAGAUUGAGGUAACGUCUUUUUCACAUACGCUCCGAGAAGAUUCAAAACCAGGAACCACAGUGGCGUUAAUUAGUGUAAAAGACUCCGAUUCUGGUCUCAAUGGAAAAGUUAUGUGUUACACAAGCCACGAACUCCCUUUUGUUCUCACUCCAUCUUUACAAAAUAACAUGUAUUCCCUGGUUACAAAAUUUAUUUUGGACCGUGAAAAGCAAUCGGACUAUAAUGUAACAAUUGUAGCUAAAGACGCAGGUGAGCCGUCAUUAUCGUCAGAUAAAACUAUAAACAUUGUAGUGUCAGAUGUAAAUGAUAACAGCCCGAAGUUUUCAGAGAGCCCCUAUACUUUCUACAUUACUGAGAAUAACAACCCCGGAGCGUCUAUUUUAUCAGUAGUAGCCAGUGAUCAUGAUCAGGGGAGUAAUGCUGUUAUUUCAUAUCUCAUAUCACGGAAUAGGGGCGGAGAACAUUCGUUUACCUCCUUUCUAAAUGUUAACAGCGAAAAUGGAGAUAUUUCAGCACUAAAAAGUUUUGACUUUGAAACUCUGAAAACGUUCCAGUUCCAAGUUGUUGCCACAGAUUCUGGAACUCCGUCACUAAGCAGCAACGUCACAGUGAACGUGUUCAUUCUGGAUCAGAACGACAACGCUCCAGUCAUCCUGUAUCCAGUCAGCUCCAACGGUUCUGCUAAAGGUGUGGAGGAGAUUCCCCGCAAUGUCAACGCAGGACACUUGGUGACUAAAGUCAGAGCCUAUGACGCUGAUAUAGGAUAUAACGGCUGGUUACUGUUUUCACUGCAGGAAGUUACUGACCACACUCUCUUUGGUUUGGACCGCUAUACAGGACAGAUCAGAACACUUCGCUCAUUCACAGAGACAGACGAGGCUGAGCAUAAACUGGUCAUACUGGUGAAAGACAAUGGCAACGUUUCACUCUCAGCAACAGCUACUGUGAUUGUCAAAGUUGUGGAGCCCAAAGAAGCUUUUGCAGCUGCUGAUGUUAAAGGUGCAGCAAAGGAUGAGGAGGGGAAUGGUGUGACUUUUUAUCUAAUGAUAACCUUGGCCUCAGUGUCUGUACUUUUUCUAAUCAGUAUCAUCGUUCUGAUUGCAAUGCAGUGCUCCAAAACGACAGACUACACUUCAAAAUAUCUACAAGACACAAAUUAUGAUGGGACACUGUGUCACAGCAUCCAGUACAGAUCCGGUGACAAGCGAUACAUGUUAGUUGGACCCAGAAUGAGUAUAGGAUCUACUAUAGUCCCAGGCAGCCAUGCAAAUACUCUGGUGCUUCCUGACAGGAGGAGAGCAUCUACAGAGGUAAGAUUAAUAUUUUAG